UGGAAUCCAAAGAAAAAAAACGGAUUCCAUGUCAUAUAUUCAGUCUCAGUUUCACAGCUAUUUUUUUAAACCUCUUUUUCUCUCGCUGAUGACUUGUCUGGAUUAUGCUCAUGGCAUUCCAAGAUGAGAUUACCAAAGCUGCUGCUUUUACGUAAGCUCAACUUUGCUUAGUAAAAAGUAUUUAUUUUUGAACCCUUACCGUAUUUUCGUUUCUUCGCACUUGCGCUGCCAGGGACGAGGAUGCCAAAGAAUGUCGGUGGAACGAGGAACUCUUGUCGAGUCAUUUGCACCACACCUAUCGAGACUUUGUCUUGAUUAGUGAAUUUUCCGAAAUCGAAGGUCCCAUGGCAUUAGCGGUCGUGACCAACAAUACGUACCUCGAUCUCAAGUAUUACACAAGCAAAGCAACCGUGGAUCAUGCUGCCAAAGCCGAAUUGCAGAAAGAUCUUGAAGCACUAGGAUUAGACCUCUUUGAUUUCAAUGCUUUCGUCAUGCGAGUCGUGUCCGUCGAUCAUAGUCCUGAUUCGGAAUACGAUUUGAGCCACGACCACGGAAACAAACAAGCGUCAAAGGAAGGUGACAGUGCCUUUGUCUCAAAUGACACCACUUAUCCUACCAGCAAUCCCUACAUGUUCUCCGUUCCAGAUGAUACUCAAGUUUACUUUACCGACUCGGAACAUAUAUUCUUUGCCUUUACACAUCAUCUUACCCUUUUUGAUAUCAAUGCGCGUGGAUAUGUUCAUCCGGUAGCCUUAUCCUAUAUUACACGCGAUCCUCAGAAAAUCAUCAUGCGAUUUGACAAGUUCAUGAACAGAUUCAACGAAAUCUCAAGAUUAAUGAAGAAAGGCAAUUUCUCCAACUUUAUUUUGGAUCUCAAAUGCAAGCUUCUCGAUCUUCAGCAUACUGAGAACAUGCUUGUUUGCAACGACGACAGCAACUUGGUACCUGCGACAAGGGAAAAUUUAUCCGUCGAAGCAAUACAGCAAGCGAGUACAGUCACACGAUUAAUGCUGGACAGCGUCGAGACUUAUGUUAAUCAAACUAUGCGUGAUAAUACUGAUACCCAAACCCAUGGAAAGCUGUUUGACACCUCAAGCGCGCGUGAGACCGCCAGUCUCCAUGGAGAAAGUCAACAAACCAUUGAGCCACCGAAAGAUUACGUUCCCAAAUCCAUUGACGCACUUUAUCCAGUCGCUCAUUUCGAACGUAAACUACGUACCGUAGCUCAGCUUUGCCAGAAACCCGAUACCAAGGCCCAAUCUGCAUCCGAUCCACCGCAUCCUCAGAUACCCUCCGCCCAUCCUCACCGGAGCCUUGCGCAAACCAAGGUCAUUCCUUUGGCUAGCAUUAUUGAAGAACAGUCCGUGCACUGCGCAAAUAAGCCCAAAGACCGAUCAUUUGCCACAGCGAUUGCGCAUGAUAUGUACGCCGAAGCCAUUAAUUAUUUGAUGGAAAUUAUCAAGGACCUUUGCCAAAGUAAUGUUGUACUUGAUAUAAACGAUGAAGAACAGGCUUUUCUAGACCCCAUAUCGAGCGAAAUUACCAUUGGACGCAUGUUCGUCAUGAAUAUGGAAAAUCCAUACCCACGCGAUUUGUACAUUAGCCCCUCGAUGCAAAACAAUCUGCAGCAAAACAUUGACCUGCAUCUGAGGCUAUCCGAAGCGGAAAAGGAUGCAUUUCGAACACCAGAAACAUCGGGGAUGACUGAACCUCCUUUACAAAAACACAAUAAUGUCAUUCGAGAACAAGAUAUUUUCCCAAUCACACCUGAAACAUCUCAGUUAUGGCCAUUGGACAAUACCUUUGCAACGAACCAUACCAUCCUUCGAACGCUAAAGAAAUACCAGCAUUGCAUGCACCAUAUUAUAUUCUCGUUAAUGACAGGCAGGCCUGUAUUAAUCAUUGGUGAUGACGAGUACAAAAGUCAUAUUCAACAGGUCGUUGAAGCCUUGGCCAUCUUUGUACCUGGCAAUUCACGUACCCAACAUUGUAUCGUGGAUUGGUUCAAGGACGGCCUUGUCACCGAUACUGAACUUGGCCCAAUGAAAUUGAUGGGCACAGCAAAGAGAAAUGUUGAUCCUAGCAUUUAUCGUUUGGAAAUCAGUUGUCUUGAAAUCAAUCUUCGUCAUCAUAACGAAGGCAACCUCAUCACCAGUCCGCUUUAUUUGGAAGGGCAAUGGAUUCACGAUAUCCUCGAUGCAAUGACGUAUUUUACUGAGGACCUUGCAUACUUGGCUUAUUUACGAACUGUAUUCUUCAGUAUGGGUUUGAAAGCCUACGUAUACUAUCAUCUGUACUUGACAGAUCAUCGACUGCCUCCAAGAGAAAUCCCAACUGACAGCAGCUGUGAAUCCGGUGCCUCUCUUAGCAAUCAUGAGAUAUCAAGACGCUGGAGCGUGCGACGCAUCAUGAGCUAUCUGAAACGGAUCGAAGACCGAGAAAAUGAACAGGAAGACUACUUUUCAUCGGUUGCCCCGCCCCCUUCCGAAAAGCUGCCCCAGCAUUCGGUGGCUAGAGAGCUGAUCAACGAGUUUUCUGACGAAUGGGGUCCUGGAACGGAGGAAGAUGGCACUCUGUCAGACGAAAACCAAGCGACCAUCACGUUACAAACCUUGCAGCAGCACCAGCGGCGACAUCAGGUGCUUUCUGUUCCAAAUUUCAAUUGUUAUCCUAAACCGGCACGAAGAGCAAGCGAAUGCUCGGCAUUCAGUGAGACCAGUGAUUUCUUUGAUUUUAUCUAUGGAGAUCUUCGAUUUGAUACAGAUGACGAGAAUGAGAAUCUUUCCGGCGAUGAAGAAGAAUCACCUGCAAGCAGCGAUGAAGAACAACAAAAGUUACUGGAAACCGAAAUUCACUCGCAGCAGGAAUCAUACGAAGACAUUGGGAUUUCCAACCUUGAAAGAAAAGGUCGCAAGCUUUUACAUGAUAAGUUCAACCUCCACGGUGACGACCAAACCAUUGUCGUGUAUCUGGCUAAUCUCACUAAAACAAUCUAAUACUCAAACAGACAUGGUACUGACGGAUCAUUCAUUAUCCAGUCACUUAGCUCGCUAAGCAGCGCAUCAUCCUCACCCCAAAGACCAGAUCCAAACAGCAAAUAAAAGCCUUCGUCUUUUUUUUUU